AUGCCCACUUCGAGUUCCUCGUCAGCCAAGGGGUUCCGCAGGGCAGUUUCGGAGUUGGAUUCCAAACAAGUCGAGGCAGUGACGUCCCCCCAUUUCAUCGGGCGCAGACAGUCGCUGAUCGAAGAUGCUCGGAAGGAGAGAGAAGCCGCCGCCGCUGCCGCUGCCGCCGCCGAGUCGGCGGAUCCCGGGGAGCAACUGGUCUUCGAGGAGAAGGAUGGCAGGGCCAUGGUCAACUUAUUCUUUACUCUCCGCUGCAACAAGAACUCUUCACUCUCCCGCAUCCUGAAAGUGUUUGAGACUUUCGAAGCUAAGAUACACCACAUUGAAACAAGGUCGUCCAGGAAAUCUAAAGAUAAAGAAGUAUUAGAAUUCUUCAUCCGUUGUGAAACAAACAGUUCAGAUAUCAGCACCUUGGUCAGUUCCUUGAAAAGAGUUGCUGAAGAUGUAAAAACAACAAAAGAAGAGAAAUUUCAUUGGUUUCCAAAAAAGUUAUCAGAUUUGGACAGAUGCCAUCAAUUAGUUACAAAUUAUGACCCAGAUCUGGAUCUUGAUCACCCGGGAUACUCUGAUGUUAACUACAGGGAACGACGGAAGCAGAUCGCAGAAAUUGCAAUAAAUUAUAAACAUGGUGAGCCAAUUCCCAGAGUAGAAUACACCCCAGAGGAAAUUGCGACUUGGAGAGAAGUGUAUGCGAACCUGAAGACCCUGUAUCCAACACAUGCUUGUGCUGAACACCUGGAGGCUUUCAGACUCCUGGAGAAACAAUGCAAUUACAACAAAGACAACAUCCCUCAACUUGAGGAUGUCUCCUGCUUCUUGAAAGAACACUCAGGGUUUCAGCUGUGGCCUGUUGCCGGGUUACUUUCGGCCCGGGACUUCCUGGCGAGCCUUGCUUUUCGAGUUUUCCAGUGUACACAGUAUGUAAGACAUGCCUCCUCGCCAAUGCACACUCCUGAGCCGGAUUGCUGCCAUGAGCUGUUGGGACAUGUGCCCAUGCUGGCUGACAAGACAUUUGCUCAAUUUUCUCAGAACAUUGGUCUCGCCUCUCUCGGAGCAACUGAAGAGGAAAUUGAAAAGCUUUCCACUUUAUAUUGGUUUACUGUGGAGUUUGGGCUGUGCAAGCAAAAUGGAGAAAUUAGAGCAUAUGGAGCUGGCCUACUAUCAGCCUACGGUGAGCUAAUUCAUUCUCUGUCUGGUGAACCUGAGCUACGGGAGUUUGACCCCAACUCUACUGCGAUGCAGCCCUAUCAGGAUCAGACAUACCAACCGGUGUAUUUUGUAUCUGAAAGUUUUAGUGACGCUAAAGACAAACUGAGAAAGUAUGCAGCGAGUAUUAAGCGGCCAUUUUCAGUGAAAUAUGAUCCAUUUUCCAAGACCAUUGAAGUACUGGACAAUCCUCAGAAAAUCAGGAAGUUGCUGGACAAUCUGAAGGAUGAAUUGAAGAUGCUGACUGAUGCACUGGAUGUACUAUCCUAA